AUGAAGCUUUUCUCCAGAACUUCCACUUGGGGCCUCCAGGGUAGACCUUUGAGAGCCUUGGUGACCGCUACUGCCACCAUUGGUUUCUCGCUUUUCGGUUACAACCAGGGUAUGAUGUCUGGUAUCAUCACUGGUGAGUACUUCAAUAAAGAGUUCCCACCCACCUACUCUGGUGGUUGGAGCGAUCCAAGCAACCCUCGUUUUAGCGACGACUUGACCGCCCAUGAGAAGUCUCAUGCUUCUGUCAUCCAGGGUGCCGUCACUGCUUGUUACGAGUUGGGUUGUUUCUUUGGUGCUAUCUUCACUUUGAUUAGAGGUGAGAAGAUUGGUCGUAAACCUAUGGUUGUCUGCGGCUCGAUUAUCAUUGUGAUUGGUACUAUCAUUUCCACUGCUUCUUUCCACCAGAACUGGGGUCUCGGUCAGUUCGUUAUCGGCCGUGUCAUCACUGGUAUUGGUAACGGUUUUAACACUGCCACUAUCCCUGUGUGGCAGUCUGAAAUGUCCAGAGCUGAGAACAGAGGUAGAUUGGUCAACUUGGAAGGUUCCGUCGUCGCUGUGGGUACUUUCAUUGCCUACUGGUUGGACUUUGGAUUUUCUUACAUCAACUCGGAUGUGCAGUGGAGAUUCCCUGUUGCUUUCCAAAUUGUUUUUGCUGCCAUUUUGUUUACCGGUAUUGUGGCCUUGCCUGAGUCUCCUAGAUGGUUGAUCUCGAAGGACAGAAAGGAUGAAGCCUUGACUGUUUUGUCUAAGAUGAAGGGAGUCCCAGUCGACCACGACGAGGUUUACGCCGAGUUCACUUUCAUUCAGGACUCCGUCACCAGAUUCUCCAGAGCCCAGGUUGGUUUCAAGGAGUUGUUCUCUGGUGGUAAGACCCAGCACUUCCAGAGAAUGGUUCUUGGUGCCUCUACCCAAUUCUUCCAGCAGUUUACCGGUUGUAACGCUGCUAUUUACUACUCCACCGUGUUGUUCGAGACCUACAUUUUCAAGGGUAAGAGAAGAUUGUCUUUGAUUCUUGGUGGUGUUUUCGCUACCGUGUACGCUCUUGCCACCAUUCCAUCUUUCUUCUUGAUUGAUUCUUUCGGAAGAAGAAACUUGUUCUUGGUUGGUGCCUUGGGUCAGGGUAUUUCUUUCACUAUCUGUUUCGCAUGUUUGAUCAACCCAACCACUGAGAACUCUAAGGGUGCUGCCGUGGGUAUCUACCUAUUCAUUACCUUCUUUGCAUUCACCAUCUUGCCAUUGCCAUGGAUCUACCCACCAGAGAUCAACCCAUUGAGAACAAGAACUGUUGCUACCGCCAUCUCCACCUGUACCAACUGGAUCACCAACUUCGGUGUUGUCAUGUUUACUCCAGUUUUCAUGGACAGAUCUGCAUGGGGUGCCUAUCUUUUCUUCGCCUUGAUGAACUACUUGUUUGUGCCAGUGAUUUUCUUCUUCUACCCAGAGACUGCCGGUAGAACUUUGGAGGAAAUUGACAUCAUCUUCGCCAAGGCUCACACCGACGGCCGCCAGCCAUGGAGAGUUGCUGCUACCUUGCCAAAGCUCUCGCUCAAGGAGAUCGAGGAACAAGGCCAGCAGCUUGGCUUGUUCGACGAGGAGUUUGAGAAGGAGAACUUCGAUGUUAAGGAGGAUGUGUUGUCUUCCUCUUCUGACAAGCCAGAGGAGGGUGUGAUGUCUACUGAGAAGGCUGCCAACCAAGUCUAA